AUGUCUCUUCCCGGUCUAGAGCUCACGCAGCCCUCCGCGGAGAGCCAGUUUGCUCCCGCGCCGCCAUCUCAAAUCAAUCUCUCCGCAGGCUCAGAGUGGAGGUUCGAGGUAGCAUUUGGGAUCACCGUCCGAGUCAAGCUCCUAACCGGCACCGCAGAGCUCUUCGGCACCGAACUCGCCCCUUCGCAAGUCUACACCUUCUCUGGCACAAAGGCCGCAAUAUACACAUGGCAUGGCUGCACGCUUGAAGUGAGCGCGGGCGAUGCAGUCGCCGGACUCGAUGGGACAAUCCCCGCCACUGGUCGAGGCGGACAUGGCGCAGGAGGAUGCCAAAGCGAGUACACAGCCGAGGAAACACCGAUGGUGGAAUAUGCGAAUGUGCACUUUGCGCUGGAGGGCCUCCGCGCGCAAGCGAAGGCAGCUGGGAGGGAUGGACCGCGUGUGUUGAUUCUUGGCCCCGAGGACGCGGGGAAGACAAGUCUGUCCAAGAUUCUGACGGCGUAUGCGGUCAAGGUUGGACGGGAGCCGAUUGUGGUUAAUCUGGACCCAACGGAGGGUAUGUUGAGUGUGCCCGGCACGGUCUCGGCGACGGCGUUCCGAGCGAUGCUGGAUGUUGAGGAGGGGUGGGGAAGUAGUCCUAUGUCUGGUCCGAGUGCGGUGCCUGUCAAGUUGCCGUUGGUUUACUUCUAUCCGAUGACCAAUCCGUUAGAGGCGGAGGGUUCGGUCUUCAGACCGAUUGUGUCGAGGUUGGCACUGUCGGUUAUGGGGAGGAUGGCGGAAGAUGAGGACGCGAGGGAGACAGGCAUUAUUGUUGAUACGCCUGGGAUUUUGAGCCAAAGUCGGGCUGGUGCUUUGGAGAUGAUAAAUCAUAUUGUGACAGAGUUUUCGAUUACGACGAUCCUUGUUAUCGGUUCAGAGCGGCUGUACAGUCUUAUGAUGAAGAACUACGACAAUAAGCCUUCGUCUAGUGCAUCCGCUGCCGCGUCUGAUGAGCGCAUCUCGGUGGUGAAGCUCUCGAGGUCUGGUGGGUGCGUUGACCGCGACGCGGCGUUUAGGAAAUCAGUGUCUGAAUCCCAAAUCCGAACAUACUUCUUCGGCAACCCGGUCCCUACUACCGCUUCCUCAGCUUUGUCCAUUGCGUCUUCAUCCACAACUAACGUCACAUUAUCACCCCACGCGCAGCAACUUGACUUCAACGCUAUAUCCCUGUAUCAUUACACAACCUCAUCAGCAGAGGACGAGCAGAACGAGGAAGACGACUAUGAUCCAGCUCAGCUUACGACAGACUCAUUCCUCCCGAGAGACAAUGAGGCAGAGCACGCAUCAAACGCGGCAGCCAAUGAUAGCGCCGCCGCGGCAGUGGGCGCACUGGUGCCGCUGAAAAAGGUCCCAGGUCCUGCGCCCUCUGCUUUGGCCAACACUCUGCUCGCCAUUACGCAUGCGUCUCCAACCAGCAGCCCAUCGGAGAUCCGGGACGCGAGUACCAUGGGCUUCCUUUAUGUCGCAGAUGUCGAUAGCGAACGAGGGAAGAUCAGGGUCCUCGCACCGGUGGGGGGCCGGGUUCCCUCUCGAGCGAUCAUUUGGGGAAAGAAAUGGCCGGCGGAAGUUGUAGGGCUGGUAGGGUAA